AUGGGUGAGGCAUCGUCGUUCGUCGCGGUGCGCUUGAUGAGGGUUAUCCCCAUCCUCGCAAUCCUCGGCGCUACCUAUUAUAUAUUCCUUACCUGCUUCGCCUCUUUCCAGGCCACAGACGUCCCCGUUCCCGAAGAAUGGAGGAAUCACGAUGCAGUCAUCGACGAGGUUGACGAAAUCACAGAAACCCUCACUCACGAUUCUGAUGUUAGGCCAACUCCUCAUAAACUCACCAUCGCUGAGAUCGAGGAUCUCGAAAACAAGGGAGAGUUUAUGGGCUUUGAGGACGAAGACGAAAUUGAUGUCUUUAUCAACUUGGACGAUGACGGCGACUGGGAGGAAGAUGAUCUCAAAAAGGAACUCGGCGAUGAGCUUGAAGGCGAUUUUGAGGACGAGGAGGAUGAAGAUUUUGGUGAUGACGACGAUGAUGUCGAUUGGUCGCGCUUUGCCUACAUUCAGUAUGUCACCAACGAGGACUACCUCUGCAACUCGGUCAUGAUCUUUGAGCAAUUGCAUCGCCUUGGUAGCAAGGCUGAUCGCCUACUCAUGUAUCCCAAGGAGAUGCUUGAGCCAGAUGCUGCGUACUCAAACAAACGCGGUGGACAACUUCUCAUCAGAGCCCGCGAUGAGUAUAACGUUACGCUUCAACCAAUUGAGAUCCAACAUCGCGAUGGACAAGAUGAAACAUGGGCCGACUCCUUCACCAAACUCCUCGCUUUCAACCAGACCCAAUAUGACCGAGUUCUCUCCCUUGACUCAGACAGUAUGGUCCUCCAACACAUGGACGAACUCUUCCAACUACCCCCCUGCCCCGUCGCCAUGCCCCGCGCCUACUGGCUCUACAACGAGAACCCUCCCAAGCGGAUUCUUUCAUCGCAGGUCAUGCUUAUCCAGCCCGACGACGUAGAAUUCGAGCGCAUCGUGCAAAAGAUGAACAGCAUCGGCCCCAACGACUACGACAUGGAGAUAGUAAACAGUCUGUACCUCGAUAGUGCUCUCAUCCUACCCCAUCGCAAGUACGACAUGCUCACGGCCGAGUUCAGAAACAAGGACCAUACCGCGUACCUAGGCAGCGAGCGCGAAAAGUGGGAUUCCACUGUUGCGUUGAGCGAGGCCAAGUUUGUGCACUUUUCGGAUUGGCCUGUCCCGAAGCCGUGGAUCAACGAUGUUGAGACUAGAUUGGCGAACCAGCCUGACUGUCCUGACGAUGAGACGAGUUGUCCUGAUAGAGAUAUCUGGAAUGGAUUCUACACUGACUUUACAGAUAACAAAAAGAGAGUUUGUGAAUCAGUGGGCAAAACUGGACAGAAAUGGAUACACUGGAGGAGACUGUAG